AUGCGAGAGCUGGCGGGGAGGAGCUGGAGUGCGGGGGGGGACGCGAUGCAGAUCACGAAGCUGGUGCAGGGGAUAGAGGACGGAAGUCUGUCGGACCUGACGCACCUCGACCUCUCCAACUGCAAGAUGAACGAGCUCCCUGCUCAAGUGUGCUCUUUGCCCUCCCUGGAGUUGCUGAACCUGGGAGGAAACAACCUGAGCUCCCUCCCUGAUGACAUCGGCGGCCUCGUCUCUCUCAAGAUUCUCUUCUUCCUCGGCAACAAGUUCGAACGGAUCCCCCCAGCCAUCAAAGGCUUGCACAACCUCGAGACUCUCUCGUUCAAGGGCAACAGGCUGGUCGAGGUCGGGGAGGACCGGCUCCCGCUCUCCCUCAAGGCGCUCAUCCUGACCAACAACAAGAUUGCUGAGCUGCCCCGAUCGAUAGGAAGACUGCAGAAGCUGCAGAAGAUCAUGCUGGCCCAGAACGAGCUGAUGAGCCUCCCCGACGAGCUGGCCGACUGCAACAACCUUGAGCUGAUCAGGCUGGCGAACAACCGCCUCGAGGCCAUUCCUGAACGUCUCUUCCUCCUCCCCCGACUCUCCUGGAUCGGACUAGCAGGGAACGAGCACCUGACGCGCGCCCCUCACAACAUCGCCAAGACGUACAGCAUGGAAGACCUGGAGAUGUUCGAGCAGAUCGGGAGAGGAGCGUCAGGCUGCGUUCAUCGCGCCCUCCUCCGUCCGACGGGGACACCGGUGGCGGUGAAGAUCUUUCACGAGGAGGAAGCGAUCUCUGACGGCUCUCCGUGGGAUGAGAUCGCCAUCGCCUCCUCUAGCUUGAUCGGCAUAGUGAAGGAGCCGAAGCUGGCAGCCAUCACACACCUCGCUCCUCAGGGGUCGAAGAUCCUGGCAAAACCUCCGAGCCUUGCGAGCAUCACGCGUGAUGUCUACACGAGGAGCUCAGCAACAACUGGCGAGCACAAUGACACCAUUGUCGGUCCCCUCUCGCUCUCUGCUGUGAUCGCCAUCGCCUAUGCCAUGGCCAACGGCCUGAGAGCACUUCAUGACGCCGGUAUCUGCCAUGGCGACUUGUAUGCACACAACAUCCUGGUGGAGCCUUCCUCACUGUGGGCCUGCUUGCUCGACUUCGGGGCGAGCUUCUGCUUCCAUCGCGACGCCAUGAAAGCUCCUCUCCCCGUCCCUCUCCUCCUUCGCCUCGAAGUGCUUACGGUGCUCGCGUAUGGGAGGCUGCUGGAGGAGCUCCUGGGCAUGACAGACGGGGUGGCAGAUGCUAGGGAUCUCGACGCCAUGGAGAGUCUGCAGCAACUGGCGGAGGGAAGAACCGGGGGGAUGUAG